AACAGCUCCAGGAGAGUUCAGCUGUGCCAAGAUCUCAUCUGUAAAGGAAGCAUAAACAGCCACUAUGGGAACCACAUUGUCUUUAGAAAAGGAACCUGAAGAGCAAGAAGCGGUUCGUGGAACAGCAUAUUCUCCAAUUUCUUCAGAACCUCCGGAUAACAUUAAAAAUGGACCUAUUACAAUCCAGCCUGUACAAACCGAUCUCUUGGCAAAUGGUGAUGCAGUGGAUGCAAAAGUGAUGGUUGUCCAGGAUAAUGUGGCUGUUUCUUCCCAGAAGACAAUGGAGAUCAGCUCCGUCUCUGAGGCCAAUGGAAAUAAUCUCAGGAAGGAGGCCAAGGCUGCCCCGCCAGCUGCCAAAUCUCGUUUUAGCUUCUCAUUUUCACGGCCCGUACCAGCACGUACUGAAGGGCAGGACACAAAUUCAUCCCUUGGAUCAGCUCAACUUGAUGUCAGCACAGAAGCCCUCAGUGCAAACAAAGCAUCAAGUGAGAACACAGGCCUUCCUGCCACAGCUGUGGCAGAGGAAGUUUCAAAUAAAAACCUAAGUGAGGAAUCUCUCAGUGAAAUUGAACUCACAGCACCAGCCAAGGGAGAGGAUGAUACUUUGCCCAAGCCCAAAGAGUUAACCUUUUUUGACCGUAUCUUCAAAGUGGAAAGAGGGAAAGACAAGAACAAAGUCCAAGAAGAAAGUCAAAGGGAGGAUAAAGCAGAGGAUCCAGGUGUACUCAUCACAGCACAAGAGACAUCAGGAUUACAAAGUGCACCAGAUAAUGUCCUGCAAGGAACGGACGUGACAGAUGAGAGCAACCAAAAGACUUUGCGGCAGGGGUCGGCGGAUGUCAGUUGCUUGGCCUAUGUGGAUGCUGAUCAAGAAGAGGUAAAACCAGACAACGUUAAGCCAGCCGCUGGGACAGACUAUAACAAUUCCAUCAUGAGUUUUUUUAACAAGCUGGUUUCUCCAAGCAAAACAGAUUCCAAGGGUGAUUCUGAGGAAAAGGGAUCCCAAACAAGUCCUGGUGGGCAGGUUCCUGAGAAGACAGCUACUGAUUCCCUUAAGAAAAGCCCGAAGAAAAAGAAGCCAGACAGCCCCAGAUUAGGACACAACACAUUUAGCAAACUGUUUAGGCAUAAGGUAAAGAAAGAUGCCCAACAGACUGAAGAUACCAAAAUUACUGAGCAGCCUGCCACCACCACAACUAUUGUGAAAACAGAAAUAACCAUUCCUCCACCACAGGAAAAUCUAGCAGCAAAACAAAGCACAAAAGCUCCUGAACCUCCAGUUCAACAACCAGCAGCAGCAACAGUGGUGAUCACCAAUGAAACUCCAAAAGAGGUGACAAAGGAGAGAUCUUCGUCGACACCCACACCCCUAAGUAAAUUCUUUCGGAAGAAGACACCAACAGAUGACAUAGAAGUGAUAAACACAGAGAAAAUUGAAGCAUCUCCUGAAGUCCCAGCUAAAGAAGAAAACAGAAGCCAGGAUGCUGUAGAAACAAAAUCCAAAGGAGACGAGAAACCUACCAAAACAAAUCUGAGGAAAUUCUUCAAAUUGACAUUGGACUUCACAGACAGGCCUUUGACCCAGGCUGAGAACAGAGAACCUGUCAUGGGUGAGAGAAGUCAAACAAGUUCAACAGAGAACCUGACUAAGCAGGAAGGAAACAAGCAGGAAGCCAAAGACCAGCAAGAUACCAGGGAGCAAGAAACAUCCGAGACAGCCUCCUUGCAGAAUGGAGGCGACACCACGAAGGAAAACGCUCCCAAGAGGAUAGAGAAGAGACAAUCAUUUGGAGGGUUUUUUAAGGGCCUCAGCCCCAAACGGAUGUCUGAUGCAGGAGUACAAACAGAUCCAGUGUCCAUUGUGCCUUAUGUGAAACCCAAGUAAUGAAUAUUCUGAAGUAGCUCAAGAAUCAUUUGAUCUUCAUCAUUUUUCUCCUUGCAGUUUAUAAAAAUGACUUAUUUUGGAUCAUGCCUUGCUCUCACCUUCCCACCUAUCCCACCCUCCUGCUUUAAAUGGCUAUUUCCAAAUAAGCAAAACAAGUGCUAUGACUGAAGCAAAGAACGAUGCACAUUUUGAUGAUGUUUUAAAUUUAAAGGCUAGUAAAUAACAAACAGCAAGUCACUGAGGUACAAUGGGCAGACUGUUAAAACAAUAGAGAAGUCAGUGACUAGCAUGGCUAGUAAGUUGCUGGAAAGAGAGCAAUACAAGUGUAAGGGGUAAGGAGAUGAGUAGAUUGUGGACACUGCACUCCCCAAGUCAUUCUGAUAUGAAAUAUCCACCCCAUGUUUUCUUAAAAUGCCAUUUUUUAAACCAGGAUAGAGAUCAGCAAAGGUAGGUUUGUACAUACCUUUGGCUGGGGUAUUUCAGGUUCAACUUGGCAAUGCUACUUUUUUGGACCACAAACUGGUAGUUGUAAUCCCAAGGGUAACUUUUCCAAGCUCUAAAAAGCUUGGGUCAUUAAUCAAAUUCUACCUAAUUAAUUUAAACUCCUAAAUUUAGCACAAGGCAAGAAAGCAUUCUAAUGCUAAAAUCCUAAAUGAGACGUGUACUUUAAAAUUUGAUGGAGUGAGUAAACAUAUCCAAGAUGUCACCCAAUAAUAAAAAUGGGGGGGGGGGGCAGGUUAAAUAUAAAUAGGGUUAGAUGCAUGUGAUGAGAAAGAUUUUCAUUGUAGGGAAACAUUAUGCAGGGGAGAAAUACGUAUAAAGCUUUAAAACAACCAUCAAAAAUGCCUUUUGAUAACCUGUGCAUCAAUUUUUUUUAAUUGUUCGUUGUUAUAAGUAGAAAGGAUUCUGAAUCAUAAGCUUUCAAGAGUAUUCUUCAAAUUGAUUUUUACAUUAUUAAUAUUAUUGAAACUGUAUAGGACUUCUCACUAAUUCUUACCUCUUUCUGCCUUGAUGUAAUAAAAUGGGGGAAAUUAGCUUUAUAAAAACAAAAAAUAAAGUAUUAACAAGAAUGCAACACAAGGGGGCAGACCUAGAGCCCUUUCUUUUACUAACUCAAAGGAUGUAUUUACUUUUAUGUUAAUAUCUUUUCAGACAUAAGAAUGCAGUUUUAUACUCAUCUGCAAGCCUCGUUGAACUCAAUGGGAUUUAUUUCAGGACAGAUGUGCAUAGGACUGUAUUGUAUGAGAGGGGGAAAAACCUUCCAUAUUUCAGAAACUUUUUAAAAUACCUAUACUUAAACCUAAUUUCUUUUUGAAAAAACACCAGAUUGUAAGACUGAACACAAUAUUGCCUGCUUUAUAAAGGUCCUGUGAUGCAAGUUUUAAAGUAUUUAUAUCAGAAAUUCUGAUAUAUACAUUACUGUAAAAGUGAGGGAAAAUAAGACUAAUAUUAUAAUUUAAACUAGCACCUGAAUUCUACAUGGUUGUAUAUUUUGAUUUUCAUCUGA